CACUCUGGGUGCAGACCAACAUGGAAGGGUGUUAGUCUGUCAUUUUCUUUACUGUUUGCCAUCGAUUUUUUUCUCUCAUGAAUAGCGUAAUUUUUACCUGACCUACGUGGAAAUAUUUAAAUUAGCCUAAAGCUUGGAAAUAUACAGUUUGCUUUUGUUUAGGAUGUCACAGAUGAAACAAACCCCCCCUCCUGGUGUCAGUGACCCUGGCCCUGGAAAUACAGGAUCUGGUAUAGCGGUGAGCACUGCUGCAGCCACCACCCCCAUGCUGCAGCUGGCCUCACCCCAGGGGAUGAUGGCUCCCGCCCCAGGGGUUGGGUUAACCCCUGGGCUGGUAACCGUACCCGGAGUUAUCCCCACAGCUGUUAUACCUGGUGGUGCUGGAGCAGUGAUGGCCCAGCAGAUGGUGCCAGUCAAAGAUGCUCCAGUAUUCCACAGAAAGUCAGAUCCCGCCACUGCCACCGCUGUCCCGACACCACCCGGGGCAGGUGGAGAUGGUCAAGUGUCCAUGGCAAACACAAAAGAGAAAACCCCAAUGUGCUUAAUCAAUGAGUUAGCCCGCUACAAUAAGAUACUCCACCAAUACACAUUAACUGACGAACAAGGCCCAGCUCACAAGAAAACUUUCUUUGUGAAGCUGAAGUUAGGUGACGAAGAGUACGCAGCAAAUGGCGCCAGCAUCAAAAAGGCGCAGCAUGCAGCAGCUGACAUUGCGUUAGAGAAGACACAGUACAAACAUCCUCCGCCUAAACCAUCAAAGUAUGUGGAUGGUACAGGAGUCUGUGAUCCUUCUUCCUCCGGUACCAUAACUCCCACAGUGGAACUGAACGCUCUGGCCAUGAAACGAGGAGAACCUGCUGUGUACCGCCCCAUUGAGCCUCCCAGACCUGCGUGCUAUGGGCCACCUAACUUGGACUUCAGGGGCAUGUACAACCAAAGAUAUCAUUAUCCAAAAGCACAGAAAGUGUUCUACGUGUCCUUGAAGGUGGGCAACCGAGAAUUCAUGGGUGAGGGCAACACGCGCCAGGCUGCUCGCCAUCUUGCCGCUUCGAAGGCCCUGAAAACACUGGCCGCUCUCCCUAUGCCAAAUCAAGAAAAAGCACCACUCCAAGUGAGCGACGGAGUGGGUGACGGUGCUGCUAAUGGUGCUACUGAUGACCAACUGAAGUCGGAAAUCAGCCUGGUUCAUGAAAUUGCCCUCAAGAGGAACCUAGCUGUGAACUUUGAAAUAACCCGCGAAUCUGGUCCCCCACACAUGAAACUGUUCAUCACGAAAUGCACGUGUGGGGAAUUCGAAACCGAAGGCGAGGGCAACAGCAAGAAGAUCUCAAAGAAACGAGCAGCAGAGAUGAUGCUGGAGAGGCUGCAGAAGUUGCCCCCAGUCACACAACAAGUGGUGAAGCCUAAGAUCAAAAGACCCAUGGCUAAGAAGAAGAAUCGUAACCUUGUUAAGGUUGUACCUGAGGUCCAGAAAGCCAGCUUGGACUACGGCGUGGGUAUCAACCCCAUUAGUCGACUAAUUCAGAUCCAGCAGGCUAAGAAGGAGAAGGAGCCUGUGUACACGCUGGUGGCUGAGAAGGGGAUGCCGAGGAAGAGAGAGUUUAUUAUGCAGGUCACAGUGGGUGACAAGCAGUGUAAAGGCACGGGGCCUAACAAAAAGCUGGCCAAGAGAAAUGCAGCAGAGAGUAUGCUACAGGAACUGGGCUAUAGCCGCCCUGCACCCCAGCCUACCAAGUCUUCUAUCAAAACAGCCAAUGGGGAGGGAGGAAUAGAUAAGAAGGUCCACUUUGUUGACAGUGCAGAAGGCGCUAGUAACGGAGCCGAGCCAGUAGAUGCUAAACCCGUGUCCGGACGGUCAGUCAAGGUGCCUGGGGUGCUGGUCAGAUCUGACCAGGGCUAUGCUUCCUCUGGUGUCACACCUCCCUCUCAGCCAGGAGUGGUACCAGAGUCCAGGUUUACCCCACAGACUAUAGCCGCCAUUGCACAGGAACUGCUGGAUAAAGGCAGUUCUAAGACUGCAGAAGCCAUUCUGCGUACUGGGCAGAGACCACUGUCCAGUAGACCCACUGUCCAGCCCAAAGAUCAACUCUGCUACCUGGCAGAGGUGCUGUGCUUCGAAGUCAGGUUUACGGAUUUUCCCAAAGGACCCCACAAGACGGAAUAUCUCUCCUUGGUUACAGUAUCCUUGAACCCGCCACAAGUAAGUCAGGGAGCUGGAGCAACCAUACAGGCUUCCCAUAAUGCAGCAGCUUUGACUGCACUUAAAGCAAUGGCGGAGAUGGGUGGUGACAAGGCUGUAGAUGGCGCUAGUGCAAAAGCUGAUGCCCUCGCUGGGGGAGACGGGCCCCACGUUAAAAAAGAACCUUCACUUGGUGACCAGAAGCUUCCGGGGCUGCUGCCCGCUUCAGCCAUCAAGCAGGACAAACAGUAGGCUCUCAUUGGUCAAGAUGAAGAGUCACAUGAUCACAUAUGAAGACAACAUGAAAAAGACUAGAAUGGCAGUUGGAAUAAUUAUUAUGCAUCUAACAAUACAUUCUUGAAGCAGUUUGCCUAGAAGUUGAAGUUAGUGGCUUGAACUUAAACAUGGUAACUGGCACCUGUUGCCGUGUCAACCAAAAGUAGUUGUCAUGGCAACUGUAGAAUAAGUUUCCAUCAUGACUGUGCUGUUUGUUGGGAUUGGUCAAAAGUGACCUUUCACCUUAGCAACCAUGUAGUGUUGUUAUGGUGACAACACUGCUUUAGGAAAGUGUGAGCUGAAGAUGCAUCAACUGCCUCAGACAUUGUUCAAAUAUCUUGAUUCUUUGUGUGGACUUGAAGCUAUUAAUAAGCAUAUUAUUGUUACUAGAAAUCAGGUACAAGUACCUGAUGUGUUGGUUAAAAGGUGAGUUGUCUCCGUCUUCAAGCAGUGUGAUAAGGGCCUGGCUGUAAUAUUGAUACUGGCUCAUCAUUGGGUCAGGGAUCAGUGAACUUUCUCCUGUAAGCUGAGGGACUUCUAGUUUUGCAACGAGGCACUUAUAUUGAAGAUUUUCCUUUUAAAAACCACCCUUGCAUGCUGGGUUUGUAAUAUGUCUCUCGUUUAAGUCAGAUUUCACCAAUGUUGCCGUUAGACGAUUUGAAAAUUUUCCCAAUGACUUGGUUGUGUACAAGGUCUUUGUAUGAACACUGUUUGGACACGUGGAGACACCAUCUUGAAAUUUGCUUUUUGCUUUGUCUUUUAACCUGGAAUACCUGUUCUGGGAACAGUAUAGCAAGUGUGAAUUCUGUAACCACAGGCAUAAAAUCAAAUGUCCCUACAACAGAGUGAGGGUGAAGUCUUCGAAUAUAUGAGCAGAAUCAUAAUGAGGCUUUUUUCCCCUCUGUAAGUUGCCUUACUACUUCCAGUUUAAGCAGUUGAUAGAAUUCACUACUUGCUAUACACAUUUGUAUAGAUAAAUGCCUGGACAACACUUUCCAUAAAAUUGUUUACUGUUAAUGUCUUAUUAUAACUUUUGCUAGUCCAACCAUACUAGAAAUAUCCCAUGUUUUGUCAGCCUGUGUCUUAAUUAUUUUACUCUGUUCUCCGUUUGAGGCACCAGGGUCUAAAAACCUACUGGCCCAAAGCAGACAGAAACAGCGAACUGAACUAAUUGACCAUACAACACAGAGACCUGUAUCCAAAGUGACUGGUGUUUAUGUUGCUGACUGUUCUGUUGUUUAGUUUCUGGCUUGGACCCUUUCCAGAACCACAGUGGAUAACACUUCACAAUAUAUAUAUAGGGAAUGAGGGACUGUUUUGUUAAUCUGAGUCGGCAUUGUCAGGGGGUUUUGCUGGAUAAAAAGAAGACAAUAUCAUGUGGACAUUUUAAGAUGGUUUGGACUAGGAAAUGUAAUGUUGUACCUGACUUCAAGUACAUUUAAACAUGUAAUUGCCAUAUUAAUCCAUGCAUGUAAUUAUACUAUUGUUGAUUAGUUGAGAAAUGGCUUUAAGAGCUUGGAUUUGGUGGAAGUUUGAUCAGGCUUGAAUGUGAUAUGAAAAGAAGUUUACAGCUGGCUUAAAUUGCAUUAGGGUGGGUGAAGUCAUCUGGGUUGUUGUUUUAUAUUUUUCUGGCCAAAAUAUUUUAUUGUGUAUAUAUAUAUAUUGAAGAGGAUGUACUGAAUUCAUAAUAGCAUGCUUCUUUUAGUGUCAGAAAAUAACUUUUCCCUUUGGAAAUUGCGAUGUAUUUAUUGAUGCUCUAAAUUUGAUA